AGGCCUUUGUGCGGGUCUUUACGACACUGUCGUGUUCGGUCGGCUCCGGCCGUAAAGUAGGCUCGACUCGUCCAGGCCAAGGCCGCGGACCGAGCUGCUAUGGCGGAUAUGGAGGAUCUCUUCGGGAGCGAAGCUGAGAGCGAGGCGGAGCGCAAAGAUUCUGAUUCUGGGUCUGACUCAGACUCUGACCAGGAGGAGAACGGUGCUUCUGGCAGUAAUGUCUCUGGCAGCGAAAGUGACCAAGACGAAAGAGGUGAUUCAGGACAGCCCAGUAACAAGGAACUGUUUGGAGACGACAGUGAAGAGGAGGGGGCCUCCCACCACAGUGGCAGCGACAAUCACUCUGAAGGGUCAGACAACAGGUCAGAGGCAUCUGAGCGAUCUGACCACGAGGAUAAUGAGCCCUCUGAUGGAGAUCAGCACAGUGGAUCUGAAGCCCACAACGAUGAAGAUGAUGAGGGUCACAGAUCAGAUGACGGGAGCCAUCACUCAGAGGCAGAAGGUUCUGAAAAGGCCCAGUCAGAUGAUGAAAAGUGGGACAGAGAAGAUAAGAGCGACCAGUCAGACGAUGAAAAGAUGCAGAACUCUGACGACGAGGACCGGGAGCAAGGGUCUGAUGACGAUAAGCUACAGAACUCGGACGAUGACGAGGAGAAGAUGCAGAACUCAGACGAUGAGGACCGGGCCCAGCUUUCUGAUGAUGACAGACAACAGCUGUCUGAGGAGGAAAAGGGGAAUUCUGAUGACGAGCACCCUGCAGCUUCUGAUAAUGAUGAUGAGAAGCAGAACUCAGACGAUGAGGACCGGCCACAGGUGUCCGAUGAGGAGAAGAUGCAGAACUCUGAUGACGAAAGGCCACAAGCAUCAGAUGAAGAUCGAAGGCAGUCAGAUGAUGAGGAGGAGCAAGACCAGAAGUCAGAGUCUGGCAGAGGCAGUGACAGUGAAGAUGAAGUCUUACGAAUGAAACGCAAGAAUGCAAUUCCAUCUGAUUCAGAAGCGGAGAGUGACACUGAGGCGCCCAAAGACAAUAAUGGAACCAUGGAUCUGUUUGGAGGUGCAGAUGACAUCUCUUCAGGGAGUGACGGAGAAGAUAAGCCCCCUACCCCAGGACAGCCUGUGGAUGAAAACGGCUUGCCUCAGGACCAGCAGGAGGAGGAGCCAAUACCUGAGACCAGAAUAGAAGUAGAAAUCCCCAAAGUAAACACUGACUUAGGAAACGACUUAUAUUUUGUUAAACUGCCCAACUUCCUCAGUGUAGAGCCCAGGCCUUUUGAUCCUCAGUAUUAUGAGGACGAAUUUGAAGAUGAAGAGAUGCUGGAUGAAGAAGGGAGAACCAGGUUAAAACUGAAGGUAGAAAAUACAAUAAGAUGGAGGGUGCGCCGAGAUGAAGAAGGAAAUGAAAUUAAAGAAAGCAAUGCUCGGAUAGUCAAGUGGUCAGAUGGAAGCAUGUCCCUGCAUUUAGGGAAUGAAGUAUUUGAUGUGUACAAAGCUCCACUGCAGGGUGAUCACAACCAUCUUUUCAUAAGACAAGGCACUGGGCUGCAGGGACAGGCCGUCUUUAAAACGAAGCUCACCUUCAGGCCUCACUCUACAGACAGUGCCACACACAGGAAGAUGACUCUGUCACUUGCAGAUAGAUGUUCAAAGACACAGAAGAUUAGAAUCUUACCGAUGGCUGGUCGUGACCCUGAGUGCCAGCGCACAGAGAUGAUUAAGAAAGAGGAAGAGCGCCUGAGGGCCUCCAUUAGGAGGGAGUCACAGCAGCGCCGCAUGAGAGAGAAACAGCACCAGAGGGGGCUGAGCGCCAGCUACCUGGAGCCUGACCGAUACGAUGAGGAGGAGGAAGGCGAGGAGUCCAUCAGCCUGGCAGCCAUCAAAAACCGAUACAAAGGGGGCAUUCGAGAGGAACGCGCUAGAAUCUACUCCUCAGACAGUGAUGAGGGCUCGGAAGAAGACAAGGCUCAAAGAUUACUCAAAGCAAAGAAACUCAACAGUGAUGAGGAAGGUGAAUCUUCUGGAAAGAGGAAAGCAGAAGAUGACGACAAAGCAAAUAAAAAGCACAAGAAGUAUGUGAUCAGUGAUGAAGAAGAAGAAGAUGACUGAAGUACAAACUGUGAAUGCAUUUUAUAUAUUUAUUGUACAGCUUGUCUAUAAAUACGAUGUAAACAUGAGUUAUUUUGAUUGAGAUUAAUUAAUUUGUGUUUGUGAAAAUUUAAUUGUAAUAAAACAUUUAAAAGCAAA